CUCGCCCAAGCCGGGAGGGGUGGGGGCACUGGGCGAUGCUGGGAGGGAGCCUCGGGGGGCCCCGAGAAAGCCACAAGAUGACCCCAGACUCAGGCGCCCGGAGUGUAAGGCUCGAGGCACGAGAGACAGCUGGGCAGCCGCGCGGGGCGCUCCUGCCCACCCCCAACAGCAGCGGCCUGGGCCCGGCGUUCCAAGGCUACUGGCCCGAGAUCCCCGAGCAGCGGUCCCCGUGCGUGGCCGGCGUGGCCCCGGUCAUCUACUACAGCAUCCUGCUGAGCCUGGGGCUUCCUGUCAACCUUCUGACCGCCGUGGCCCUGGGCCGCCUGGCCGCCAGGACCAGGAAGCCCUCCUACUACUACCUGCUGGCGCUCACGGCCUCGGACAUCGUCACGCAGGUGGUCAUCGUCUUCGCGGGCUUCCUCCUGCAGGGGGCGGUGCUGGCCCGCCAGGCGCCCCAGGCCGUGGUGCGCUCCGCCAACAUCCUGGAGUUCGCCGCCAACCACGCGUCGGUGUGGCUGGCGGUGCUGCUCACGGUGGACCGCUACAGCGCCCUGUGCCACCCGCUGCACCACCGCGCCGCCUCGUCCCCGGGACGCACGCGCCGGGCCAUCGGCGUGGUGCUGGGCGCCGCGCUGCUCACGGGCAUCCCCUUCUACUGGUGGCUGGACGUGUGGCGGGACGACGACCCGCCCAGCACGCUGGACGAGGUGCUCAAGUGGGCGCACUGCCUCACCGUCUACUUCGUCCCCUGCACCAUCUUCCUGGUCACCAACUCGGCCAUCGUGUGGCGGCUGCGGCGCCGGGGCCGCGGGCGGCUGAAGCCGGGCGUGGGCCGGAGCACGGCCAUCCUGCUGGGCGUCACCACCCUCUUCACGCUCCUCUGGGCGCCCCGCAUCAUCGUCAUGCUCUACCACCUGUACGUGGCCCCCGUGCACCGGGACUGGAGGGUCCACUUGGCGCUGGACGUGGCCAAUAUGGUGGCCAUGCUCAACACCGCCCUCAACUUCGGCCUCUACUGCCUGGUCAGCAAGACCUUCCGGGCCGCCGUGCGGGGCGUCCUCCACGACGCCCACCUGUCCUGCACGCUAGGCACGCGGCCAGAUGGCACGGGAGCGGCGCCCGGGCUGAAGCCCCCGGGGUCCCCCCAAAGGCCAGGGUUGUAGGGCGAGGGCUCAGCCCCGCGGCUUAGCGGAGGUUCCCGGCUGCCCGUGUGGACUGGGUGUCUCGGGCGGUGCCCCUUGAUCGACCCCACCCGGCACUGGGGAGACGCCCAGGCAGAAGGGGAGGCCAUCUGACCCACGCUCCCAGAAACUUCCCAGCAACUCCUGUGCCUGCCAGAUGCGGGUGACGUGGACAUGUCCGUUGCUAUGGCCAGUUCUUUGUGAGGAACACUCUACCUUGCGUUUGUGAAUGUGUA